AUGAUUGCCAAAAACUAUCCCGUCAAAAUCUUCGCGCCUACGCCCAUGCUGGGCUACGGCUACGAUGUCGUCGAUUUCUGGACCACCAUCUUGGACGAAAACACCCGUCCCGACGCCAUCAUUGCAGACAGCGGCUCCACCGACCCAGGCCCGUACAUGCUGGGUAGUGGCCGGACGAUUGUCAGUAAACAAGCCUUUGCACACGACCUCACCCCGAUUCUCGAGGCCUGCUUCGACUUUGGUAUUAAAUUGCUCGUCAGCUCCGCCGGUGGCGCGGGCACGAACGAGCAGGUGGACAUCCUGGUCAACAUCGUGCGCGAGAUCAGUGAGCGCAAGGGCUACCGGUUCAAGGUGGCGACCAUCAAGUUCAAGAACGACCGCGAGGUGAUACUGAACCAGCUACGAGCGGGCGCCAUCACACCCUGCGGCCCAGGUCCUGCGUUAAAGGAGGAAGAUGUGUCGGACGCCGUAGCCAUCGUCGCGCAGAUGGGCGCUGAACCUUUUAUGAAAGCACUAGAAGACCCGGAUGUGGAUAUUGUCAUCUCUGGGCGAUCAUACGAUCCGGCGCCCUUUGCAGCCUUCAGCAUGCACCGCGGCGUCCAGCGCAAUCCGGCGUGGCACAUGGGGAAGAUCGUCGAGUGUGGCGGACAGUGCGCGGUGCCCAAGGGCCGCUCGAUCCUGGCGACCAUGUACCAGGACAGUUUUCAGUUGACGCCUAUCACACCGGGCCAACGAUGUAUCCCCCGCUCUGUGGCAGCGCACACCAUGUACGAGAAAACCCGUCCAGACAGGCUCCCUGGCCCGGGUGGCGUUUUACAUCUGGACAAGGUACAAUUUAAGCCGCAGGCGGACGGCCGGUCUAUCCACAUCCAGGGGGCUGAGUUUGUGCCUACGCCGACAUACCAGAUCAAACUCGAAGGGGCUACCCAAGUCGGGUUCCGUUCCGCCUUUAUCGGAGGCAUUCGCGACCCCAUCCUCAUCCGGGGCAUCGACGACUUUCUCGAGCACACGGUGCGGCCGAGGACAAAAGCGGCGUUCCCGACACUCGGCGAAGCGAAUGGUCCGCAAUUGAUAUUCCACAUCUAUGGGAAGAACGCUGUCAUGGGCCCGCUCGAUCCGGAUGCCACCACCGCUGUGCCCCAUGAGAUCGGUGUUCUGGGAGAAGUCAUCGCAGCGACCCAAAACGAAGCCGACGCUGUCGCGGGAUACGCCAGGGUCAUGAUCCUCCACGGCGAAUACCCCGGCCAACUGGCCACCGCGGGCAACUUCGCCUCGCCGCUGACGCCGUUGGAGCAGUCCGUGGGACCGGUGUACAAGUUUAGCGUAUACCAUCUGAUGGACGUCGAGGACCCGCUCAGUUUCUUCCCGAUCGAGUCGUUUGUGAUUGGCAGCCCGGACGCAUCGCGGUCGAAGCUGGUGCGGUCUGAACGGCCGGUUCGACAGGCUGGAGAUGCAGCCACUCCUGUAAGCGCAGAUCCCUCGCAACCGACCCGCAUCGCCGACCUCGCCGCCGUCGUGCGCUCCAAGAACUCGGGCCCCUACGAGAUCACGCUCGACAUCCUCUUCGACGACCCCACAAUCUGGAAGCACGUGCGCGACAGCGCCGUCCUCACCAAGGACGUCAUGAGGAACCUCUACCACCUGGCGAGCGACGACGACAUUCUGACCUGUAUGUUCUUCGAGCCCGCGCUCGGGUGGAAGUGCACGUUCAAGCGACCGGCAAAUCAGUUGCAGGGCAGCGUGGGAGAGAGGGACACGUUCGGCACGCAGCAGCACGCGCCGUUGUUGAGGAUUGAGGUGCCGCCAUUGAAGACCUGA